AUGAAACCUACCGAUGUCACAACACAAAGUGUACAAAAUGUCAUAGAAACUCAAAAAGAAGGCAAUCUCCUUCAAAAUAUAUGGGCAAGAGCUCCUUUUAGAAGUUCAAAACCUAAGCCAAAUAAACAGAUCACAAAGCCUCUCAUUCAGAAAGAUUUUAUAUCUCGUGCUGUGAUUGAUAGUCGAACACGUGCCCUGGUUCACAGUAUUCAUGCUGCUAAGUCAAUCAGCUCUAAAAUUACACGAACUGAAGAGUUCUGUAAUCAUCUUUUACAACAUCAUAAUUCUAGAGUUAUAGCUUAUAAGGAGAAAGUGGUACCAGAUCUAAUUGCAUUUAGGAAAUCAUCAGAUCAAACAUUACGAGGAAUGGCAAAUGAAGCUCUGGCAUUGAUUGGUUAUGUUCCACCAUUAAAAAGUCGUGGUAUCAGAAUAUUGUCUAUAGAUGGUGGGGGAACCAGGGGACUGAUUCCUUUAGAAAUUAUUCGUCAACUUCAAGCUCUAUGUCCUGAUGGUAAUAUACUAGAUAAGUUUGACUAUAUUUGUGGUGUGAGUACAGGAGCAUUGGUAGCAGGACUGAUAUUUCUUGAGAAGAAGUCUGUAGAUGUUGCAGAAUCCUUGUAUAAAGAGUUUAGUAUCCAGACCUUCUCCAGGAACCGUAUUGCUGGUGCUAGAGAUCUGUUCUGGAACCAUUCCUGGUAUGAAACAAAAGUCUGGGAGGAGAUUUUGAAGAAUCAGAUUGGUAAUAAAUGUUUUAUAGAAUAUUCUCGAGAUCCUAAUUGCCCUAAGUUUUCUGCAAUUUCAACAUUAAUGAAUGUAACAAAACUGAGAAAUUUUUUGUUUCGUAAUUAUAACCUGCCCCCUGGUGUUUAUUCUAACUAUCCUGGUAGUGCCAAUAAUAAAAUCUGGGAAGGAAUUCGAGCCUCAUCAGCAGCACCUAUGUAUUUCCAACAUUUUGAACUGGGUGAUUAUAUACACAAUGAUGGUGGUUUACUGACCAACAAUCCAACCUUUGUAGCAAUAGAUGAAAGUAAAUUAUUGUGGCCUGAUGAGCAGAUUCAGUGUGUUAUCUCCCUUGGUACAGGGCGUUAUGAGCCUAAUUAUGAAUUCAGUCCAAAGAUCUCACUAACAGAGAAGGCUUAUAAAGUCUUAGAGAGUGCCACAGAUACUGAGGCUGUACACAGACAGUGUCAAACCUUACUACCUCCACAAACCUACUUUCGUUUUAAUCCUUACAUGUCAGAAGAUUUACAGUUGAACGAAAUCAGACCAGAGAAAAUUGAUAUCAUGGAGAAAGAUGCUAAGAUGUAUUUACGUAAGAAUCGUAAAAAGAUGGAUUAUGCUAUCAGUAGACUGUAUGAAACAAGAGGUUUACGUCAAAAGGGAAAAGAUCUGCUGUAUGGCAAAAAUCUGUUUCCUUAGUUCUCUAGUGUUGUAUUAAUGGUUCUGACACCAACAAGAUACUGAAAAUAGAAAAUCUGGUAUUGAAAUAAUUGUCUAGUUAGGCAUGGAAUUAUGAAAUAUUUAUUCUUAUGCGAAGGUAACUGAUCUGUUUUUUGGAAAAAAAAUUCCAUAGUUCUAAGUAUUUUUUGUGUUGAAUGAUAGAAAGAAAAAUCUUUUGAAGAAGAAUAUGUGUUAUUGACUUGAAUUUUCCCAAAUUGACAUUGUAGGUGCUCAAAAAUUUCAAAUUAAUUUUUGUUGUGUUUCGAAAAGUCUGUAUGGCAACCAAACUUGUAUGUAGAAGAUUUUCAGGUGUC